CCCAUCACUUUCUCUUGCCAGUUUAGGGUGUUGUGCUGCUUAAAUUCUGAUAAGAAGGAAGGUCAGCACUGCACGCUUUGCUUACUCAACCAAACUUCAUACUCCUAUUUUUUUGAGUCUUGUUUUUCUUUUUUCAUGGUUGCGUGCAUUUUCUUCUUCUUUCUCUGAUUUUCUUCUUGCUUUUGCUUAAAUUUACAGAGUAAAAAAUCUUCUCUUUCUUUUCUUCAUUUUAUUUCAUCAACUUAAUCUAAUUAGUAAUCCCAAGAGCUCAAAAGAGGGAGACCCACUAAGCGUGCUCUACAAAAGAAGCUCAUAAUUAUUUCUUUUUACUAUAUAGUUUUUAAAGGAUGUGGGUUUUGAUCUGCUAUUUGAGUUCUGGGUAACACACUCUUGAUAAAUUAUUAGUCAGAUUUUAGUGAUUUGGUGAGAGAAAUCAGUAACAAGAGCAUCUGGGUAUAUCUGUUUUCUAAUAUUUGGUGGAAAAAAAGAAUGGGUGAAAGUAACCCAAAAUUGUUGGACUUAAUAUCAAAGGAAAAACAAAGGAUGAUGAUGAUGAAUAAUGAAGAAAGAAGAUAUGGGUGUUGUUCAUCUGAUGAAAACAAGCUUGAACUUAGGCUUGGUUUACCUGGUGAUGGAAACUGGUCAGCCAAACAAAGCCUUAAAAAUGGCAACACAGUUAGAGAGAGAGAGGAAUCACUUCUCUCUCUAGGAUAUUUUUCUUCAAACCACAACAAUGGUGUUUCAACUACUACUAGUUCUCCAUUCCUGCAAAAUCAUCAUCAUCAUCAGUACCAAACAUGCCCUAAACAACCCAGAAAUUUGCCUGUUAUGGGAAAAGAGUCAUCACAGCCCUGUUGCACUAGAAUAGUAGAGUUGCAGACUGCAGAAAAGAAGGCAUUUUCACCCUCUUCUGCAAUAAAUACAGCUGUGCCAAACACCUCUCAGAAAAGAGCUGCUCCUACUCCAGUUGUGGGUUGGCCUCCAAUUCGAUCGUUCAGAAAGAACCUUGCUAGCACUAGCUCAGGAAAGGCUGUUCCUGAACCGCAGAGUGCGAUUCCGAGUAAGCCUGUGAAUGAAAAACCAGCUAACGAUCACGCUCACAAGGGUCUGUUUGUGAAGAUUAAUAUGGAUGGUGUACCUAUUGGAAGGAAAGUGGAUUUGAGUGCACAUAACAACUAUGACAGCCUCUCCUAUUCUGUUGACCAGCUCUUUAGAGGUCUUCUUGCAGCUCAAAAAGAUUCUUCUGCUGGUUCGAUAGAUAGCAAACAAGAAGAGCAGAAACCAAUUACUGGAUUGUUGGACGGAAGUGGGGAAUAUACUUUGGUGUAUGAAGAUAAUGAAGGAGACAGGAUGCUUGUUGGUGAUGUCCCAUGGCACAUGUUUGUCUCAACUGUCAAGAGGUUACGAGUGUUAAAGAGUUCUGAUCUUCCCACACUAAGCCGCGGUGGCAAUAAAGAAGGCAAGGUACUGGUGGAGAGUGCAUCCAAGUGAAGAUGCCUAAUCCCAUUGAUGAUGGGAGCUAAUUUUUCUGUGUUUUUAAGUAACUUUGUUCAGUUCUUGCUUGCUGAAAACUACAAAAUGUGCAAAAUCAGAGCAGCAGAUGUGUAUUCGGUCUAAUCUUCUCUCUAUUCGCUUAUGUAUAAAAAGGAGAUAAGCUAGACUGGUGGUUUUGUUUUGGAUGUGUUUUUUUCAAUGAUAUAAACUCUUCUUAAAACUCCGAUGUCGUUUGCCUUUUGCAUGUUUGUCUUAUAUAUCGAUUUCUGAAAGGAGCUCGUAACUGAGGAGUAAUUUUGAUGUAUGAGCAAAGAAAGUAGGAACUAGGAAAUGGUCUUACUUACAAAGUAGAGCUUCAAAAUUGAAGCAAUUCUACUUUUUUUCUUUAUUUGGAUUUGUACUUUUUAUUUGAGAAAUUUUAAUGUAUUUGAAUGCUUAUUUUGGUGGUUUA